UUAAGGACAAGAGUAAAACUGCUUAAAGAAAAUUGAAUAAGGAGAGGGGAGAGAGAGUUUGCUCAUAGAUGCAUAUCCGAUAAAUGGAGCCUGUAGUUUGAAUAUUUCCUUCCAAUUGUAAACACAAAAUGUAUUUUACUUAUUUUCUUAUUUCCUGGACUUUUUGGAUGUUACCAGUGAAAUCACAAAUUUAUACAAAAUCACUAAAUAACACACCAAUGAGAUCAUCAAUGAAAAAUAAUUUUUCCGGACCAAUGAAAAUUAAUUAUGACAAUAAUCGUGAAUUUUUAAUUACAAAACGUUCGCGUAAUCGUUUAUUAAAAAAUAAACCACAAAAACAACGUCAUAUCCUUUAUUAUCCACCGCCAAAAACUUAUCACUAUCCUUAUGCCGAUAGAUUUCGUAAUUUUUACAAAAAUCCCGGUUUUUAUAAUUAUAAUUAUUUCAAUAAUUAUCGGGAAAAUAAUAAUAAUAAUAAUAAUAAUAAUGAAAAUCCAAAAAAAAUUAUUAAAGAAUCGCAAUUUGUCAAUGAAAAUGAAAUUCAAGAGACGAGAGUAAAUUUUCAAAAACCAAUAAAAAAUGAAAAUUUUUUUCAAAAUAAUGAAAAUUCAUUAAUUAAAAAUAAAAAUUCUUUUAAAAAUACUAGGAAUUCUUUGUUCAAUAAUGAGGAUUCUUUAAAAAAAAAUUCCCAUUUUAAAAAUUUCCCAUCGAAAAAUAGAAAUGUAUUUGUAAAAAAUGGAAAUUUUUUGCUAAAAAAUAAAAAAAUUAUUUAUCCACCAGUACCAAAAAAUUUUAUGGAACCACCAGGACAUGCAACAAGUGAUUAUCGUACUUAUAAAAAACCUGAGAAAAUUUUGAUAAAUAACGAACUUUAUAAAAAUCAUAAUUUUUACAAAAAUCACAAAAUGAAUGACGAUAAUAUUGUUAAAAAUUCUGAUAGAACACCAUAUAUUCGUGAUCAUGCACCGGAAAAUGUAAAUCAGGAAUUAGAAGAAGAAAAUAUUGCAAUUGAAGAGGAAAAUAAUAAUGAAGAGGAGGAUGAUAAAUUUACUAAAACAAAAAACAAUGUUUCUGGACUAUCUCCGGACGGUGAUAGAGUUGAAUUUCAAAUUCAAGGCCACGAGGGACCGAGAACUUAUCUUUUUGGCUACGAUACCGGCGAAGGAAGUAAUCGACAAUAUCGACUGGAGGAAAAAUUAAAAGACGGAACAGUGAAAGGACAAUAUGGCUAUUAUGACGCUAGGGGGAAAUUAAGAAAGAUUAAAUAUGUCGCUAAGCCAUGGGAGGGCUAUCAGGAACAACAUCAUUCAAGUCCUGAAUCAAUGGAAAGUGAUGAGGGGAAAAAUGAAUAGAAGCGAAUUUUGAAUUUCGCGCGCAUUUCGCAAAUCUACUUUAUCGACACAACAUAGAUGGGAAACUCGAAUAGAAAAAAAAUGUGUUUUUUUUUAAAAAAGAAAAAAAAUAUUUAUUCCGUUUACAUGUUACUUAAUUUUUGUCCAGUUUUUGAUAAUCAUUGUAAAAAUUUUUUUUAUAUCAAUAAAACAUAACCAAUAAUUAC